UGAUGGUAGUAGUGUCCCAAAACCAAAACUUGAUUACUAUUCAAGACCAAAUAGCCAAAAUAUUGGAUUUACAAAAUUUUGGGGGAAACAAUUUACCUACUGGAGCAGGGAAGAUACGAUCAAAAAUAUUGAGCUUUGGAAGAGUCCUUGUAAUAUUGGAUGAUGUAUGGAAGAGACUAGAAUUGGAUGACAUUGGAAUUCCAUUUGGAGAUAAUCACAAGGGUUGCAAAAUUGUGAUGACUUCAAGAAGUGAAGAUGUGUGCAACAACAUGGACACACAGAAGAAUUUUGAAGUUGGUGUCUUACAUGAAGAAGAAGCAUGGAAUCUCUUCAAGGAGAUGGCUGGAAUUUCUGACGAAGGUACAAGUCACCCAACUAAUUUACAGUUGACGCAGAUCGCAGUUGCGGAGGAAUGUGGAGGCUUGCCGAUUGCUAUUGUUACAGUUGGGAGGGCACUUAGAUGCAAAAACAAGUAUUCAUGGGAUUCUGCUCUUGAACAAUUACGAAAGUCUAUGGUCAAAAACAUCAGUGGAGUGGAUGAAAAGGUGUUUAAAUCUCUGGAGUUGAGUUAUGAUAAGCUUGAAAGUGAUGAAGCCAAGAAAUGCUUUCUACUCUGUUCUUUAUAUCCGGAAGAUUUUGAUAUUCCAAUUGAAUAUCUUGUUAGAUAUGCGAUUGGGAUAGAGUUGUUUCAGAGCAUUGACAGUGUGCACCAAGCAAGAAACAGAGUAUAUUCCACAGUUGAUAACUUAAAAAAAUGCUAUCUAUUGAUGGAAAGUGAAAAUGAAGAGUGUAUCAAAAUGCAUGAUGUAGUACGUGACGUGGCUAUAUCAAUUGCAUCUAGGGAGGAGCAUUCGUUUUUGGUGAGAUGUGAUGAAGUAUUGACAGAAUGGCCCCAGAAAAGCCGACUUCAAAAAAACACCGUAAUUUCAUUGAAAGUUAAUGGUAUGUACUGGCUUCCUAGUAAUUUAGAAUUUCCAAAUCUCCAGCUUCUACAGCUGGAUUGCAAUGCUGGAUUACCAACAAUCUCAUCAUAUGAUCUCAACAAAGGGAUGGAGAAGGUCAAAGUACAAGAGACCCCAGAUAGUUUCUACAAAGGAAUGAAAGAACUUAAAGUGCUAGCUUUAUCCGAUAUGUACAGCUCAUUGCCAACAUCAAUUCAAUGCUUGACCAACCUUCGAACUUUGUCACUUUUUUGUUGCCGACUUAUUGAUGAUGAUAUCUCUAUAAUCGGAGCAUUAGAGAAUUUGGAAAUUUUGAGCUUUGCCGUCUCUUAUAUCAAGGAAUUGCCAAAAGAAAUAAUAGGUCACCUUGCUCAUUUGAAGGUACUUGAUUUGUCGGGAUGUGUAGUGGAACUGGUUUACCCAGGGGUUUUGUCAAGCUUAUCAAAGCUAGAAGAGUUGUAUGUUGGGUCUAGUUUUCAUAGUUUUUGUGAAAAAAACAAAGAAGGUGCUAAAGCAAUUAUCGAUGAGCUGGCGUCCUUGUCCAAUUUAGUCGCUUUGGAUAUUGCUCUAAUAGACAUUGCCUUCUGGCCGAGAGGUUUGGUCGUUGAGAAGGUAAAAAAGUUUGAUAUAACUGUUGGCUCUAACUCAUCAUUUCUCCCUGCGUAUCCGUUAUCAAAUCGGUUGCAUCUCAGAAAUGAAAUUGUGUGUGACAUUAUUGAAUCGAGGCUUAAUUUGCUGUUGAAGAGCACUGAAAUUCUGACUGUACACCGAAGUAUAAUAGGUUUGAAAAUUCUCUGUGAUUUGGUCAACGAAGAUGGUUUUGAAUGCUUAAUGGUGUUAUUGCUAAAUGACUUGUAUGAUUUGGAAUACCUCAUCAGUACAGCAGAUGGGGUUCGACAGAGUGCUUUUCCUGUGUUAGAGUGUCUACAUCUUCAUGAGCUACAUAAUUUCAAAGGGAUUACUAGUCAUGAAUGCCGACUGCCGAACAAGGCUUUCAGUGCAUUGAAAGAGUUGACACUAAAUAACCUGCAUGAACUGACAAAUUUGUGGAAAGGUCCCACCCAACUUUUAUGGCUCGGCAACCUGAGGACUGUAGAUGUGUUAAAUUGUAAGAAACUGGAAAGUAUGUUCUCACUGUCCAUAGCUAGAGAUCUAGUGCAACUGCAGGUCCUUCAGAUUCGUAAAUGUUAUGUGAUGGAAGAAAUUGUUUCGAGUGAAGGAGGAGAGCAUGAAAUGGCAGCAAUAGCAACAGGUAAAAUCGAGUUUCCUAAACUGAAGGAAUUGCGUCUUCAAUUGCUGCCAAGUUUUACUGGUAUCUGCAAAGCGAUAAAUAAAAUUGAGGUGCCACAACUGAGUUCCUUGUCACUGUCAAAUAUACCAAAGCUGAAGCGUCUCUGGGCUGCUUCAGAUUCAGAGAGUAAUUGUGAUCCCAUCAUUCAACCCCUCUUCAACAAGGUCAAAUUGACUACCAUUGAAGAAUUGAGCAUCUUUGACAUGGAGAAUCUGAUGGAGAUUUGGCCUGGACAACUUCAAGGUAAACUAAGAACGAUAACAGUUGACAAAUGUCAUGGGCUCUCAAGCAUUCUUUUCCUAUCCAAUUCAAUUAAGGGCAUGCAAAAUCUUGAACUACUUGAAGUACGUGACUGUCGAUCUAUUGGAGUAGCAUUUGACCUUGAAGGACUUGUUUGGGAAGGCAUAUUAGAUAUGCCACUCCCUUCAUUAAAAAAGGUGAAAUUAAGUUGUCUACCAAAGUUGACACAUGUUUGGAAGGACAAUUCAGCAGGGAUUCAAGGCUUUCAGAAUCUAAUAUCCUUCAUAAUAAAUGAUUGUGACAGUUUAAGAAAUCUGUUCUCAUACUCUCUAGCCAAGCUUCUUGUGAAACUACGAGAAAUAGAGGUAACUGAAUGUGGUAUGAUGGAAUCAAUCAUUGGAAAUGAACCAAAUGCAGAUGAAGCAGUGAUAACAAAUAUGAUCAUGUUUCCUCAAUUGAGUAGUCUCAAACUCAGUGAUUUGCCAAACCUUAGGAGUUUCUGCUCUGAGACUUGUACAUUUGAGGGAUCUUUGUUGAAAACAAUACAAGUAAUCAACUGUCCCAAAAUGAAGAUACUCCAAUCAACAUUUCAGCACAAGUUAGACCAACAAAAGGCAGACUUUUCAACCUCAUCUCAACACCAUCUGUUGGAUGGAAAGUUUAUUUUCAGUGUCUGGUGUGUGUUCAACGUUGGAAAACUUACUAUCACAGACAUAAAUGGAUCAACAGAGAUGUGGCACAACCAACUUGAAGUUGACCGCCUGGACAAAGUGAGAUUCAUGUUGGUCCAAUGUUGUGAGAAAUUAUCAAAUGUGAUCUCGUCAAAUUUAAUGCAAAGACUACGACGUCUAGAACGGCUGAAGGUAUGGUGGUGUGAUUCACUUGAAACAAUAUUCAACCUCCAAGGGUCAGUAUGCGCUAGUACUUACUUUCGAGAUUUGAAAUUGAUGUAUUUGCCCAAGUUGAUGCAUAUAUGGAAGAAUGUUUCUCAACAAACUCAUUGUUUCAAAUAUCUAACAUCCCUAGAAGUGGAGAGGUGUGACAACCUGAGAUAUAUAUUCACAAUUUCCAUGGUCAAGGUCCUUGGGUAUCUAAAAUGUUUAAGAAUUGAAAAUUGUGAGAAAGUAGAAAAGAUUGUCACCAGGGAAGCAGAAGAAGAAGACAAAGAUGAUGAAGAUGACGAUGACAAUGACGAUGACAACGAUAAUGAUGAAAGGGGCAAAAUCAAUAUUUCCAGUGCGGAACUUGAAAAUCUUCCUAGUCUCGUGUGUAUUGGAAUUCCAAAAUCCCAAAUUCGUAUCUCCAAAUUGCGUGUAGAUUUCUGCCCCAAGUAUCGAGGUUAUGAUGUGGAAGAGGAGUAAUAUUCACCAUUUGCUGCGGUGCAAUGCCAAUCUCUUCACAGAAAAGGUAUGCAUUAUUGCUAUACACACAAAAUAAAAAAUAAUAAAAUAAAUAAUAAUAAAGUAAAAGUAAAAAAAAACAUUACACCAAAUGCCUCUUCAUUCUGUUGAUAAAUAUACUGUGGGUUUAUCUGUUUAGGUUCAUAUCUUUAAAUAUACUGUGGGUUUAUCUUCAUUCUGUUGAUAAAUAUGCCUCUUCAUUCUGUUGGUAAAAAAAAGGUAUGCAUUAUUGCUAUACACACAAAAUAAAAAAUAAAAAAAAUAAUCAUAAUAAAGUAAAAGUAAAAAAAAAAACAUUACACCAAAUGCCUCUUCAUUCUGUUGAUAAAUAUAUUGUGGGUUUAUCUGUUUAGGUUCAUAUCUUUAAAUUUUUAGUGAAUAUAUUUAUAUUUGGUUUGUGGCCUUCCAAAUAAUAUUUUUUUGGACAAAUUAUACUGAUAGCCCAUAUAUUUUGGUUCUUGUGUCAUUUUGAUUCUUGUAAUUUCAACCGAAUUGAUUUUUAUCCAGAAUUAUAAUUUUAUCCUAAUUUGGUCCAAUUGAUUAUAAUUGUUAGCAUUUUUUUUUUAAUGGAAAAUACACACAUGAAAGACGUGUGUCUUGCUUUUCGGGUGAAAUUGUAAACUAGAUUAACUCAAUAAGUUAAUCUCAACAAACUCAGUGAUAAUUCUCUGUUAAAAAAAUCCUAAUGACAUACGUUAUCAAUUAAAGCAAAUUGACCCAAAAUAAAAAAUUAAGUAUUAAAAUUGAGCUAAUUAAAAGUGUAACUAAAAUGAUACAAAGAGCAGAAUGUAGAGGGUAUUAGUGUAAUUCACCUUAUUUCCUUUUAGAAGCUUAACACUCUGCUAAACCAUUUCAUUGUGUGGAGUAAAGGGUUGUAUUUUCUGUUCUUUGGUCGUUUACAGAAUUUGUUUGUGUGAAUUAGAGAAAUAGUUUUAUUUUAUUUUAAUUUUUAUUUUUUAUUAGCUAAGAAAAAAUUGUAUUAAAGAGAGAAAUUUCCUUUGCAGUAUGUCCAAUUCUCCUAAAAUUGCUUGAGGGAUCCUGAACAAGGAUAAAUUAGUAGACUGUUAGGUUGGCCAAAUUUUAGACAGAAUUCAUCAAUUUUUCUUUUCAUAUAGUACAAUUUUCAUGUUACUAUAUACAAAAUUCAUUUCAUUGGCCAGGUAUGUUCAAAAUAAAUUGAUCUUACAUCAAAUACAAGAGUUUAUUUUUAUUCUCUAAUUUAAUGUAAGUUUAUCUUGUUCAAAUUAUGAUGAUUUAAUUAUCACAAAUAAUUCUCAAACCAAUAUGUUUGUACAAGUUAUUUCUUUUUUCUUCCCCAACAUCCUACCACCACUAAUCGUUAUUUCAGAGUUCUAACUAAAUAUUGGAAAAUAUUUUCUAUGUAUUAUUCUCUAACCAUGACAUUUUAAAAAAUAAAAAAUAAAAAAAUUUUUCACAUAAAAUAUUUUACCAAAACAAACGGAGCAUAAAUUUAUAAAAUUAAUUACAUUUAUGGAUAGUACAAACAUAUUAAUCUGAAAUUGUGCCAAGAUGAAGUCUUAUUAGCUGGUGUUUCAUAUCUAUAUAUAUAUACAAAAUCAUUGAGAGUAAACUCUUUAUCACUAAUUCAGUGAAAAAAGUUUGUCUUUAAAAGCAAUGCCAAUUGAGUCCCAAAGAAAUGGGUAAAAACUUACUGGGAUAUGAGUUUAGUUCAGUUAGAUCAAAUACCACUUAAGUUUUUUCAUACCGAAAUUUCAUCUUAGGUUCAGUGACUUGUAAGGUUACAUUUCUGAAGAAAUGACAAUCUAUUGCUGUUAAUCUAAUUUUGAAAGUCAUAUAGGUAUUGUUCUCAAUAAAAACUUUUGUAUGAAUAAUUCUUUGCUAAAGCAAUUUUCUUUCCAAACUA